AUGUGUUGGUUGGAUUGUUCUAUCUAUCUAUCUAUCUUUCUAUCUAUCUAUCUAUCUAUCUAUCUAUCUAUCUAUCUAUGUCAGUCUCUUCAUUAUCUAUCUAUCUAUCUAUCUAUCUAUCUAUUAAAAUCUUUAAAAUUUUAUUACCCAAAAUCCUACAAACGGAUUCUAUCUAUCUAUCUAUCUAUCUAUCUAUCUAUCUAUCUAUCUAUCUAUCUAUCUAUAUCUCAUUCUGUUUCUAUCUAUCUAUCUAUCUAUCUAUCUAUCUAUCAUUCUGUUUCUAUCUAUCUAUCUAUCUAUCUAUCUAUCUAUCUAUCUAUCUAUGUUCAUAACUACCCCAGUCAAUGCCGGUUAUCGCCACUGAAGCGUGAAACUUCUUCUUCUUCUUCUUCUUCUUCUUCUUCUUCUUCUUCUUCUUCUUCUAAUCGUUGUAAUUGGACGGUUACUGAGUCCAAUUCAUUUUCUCAUGGUGAUCCCUUUUUCACUCCAUUAAAUUUAAAUCUAUCUUUUUUUUCUUUGUUUCUUCAUUUCCAUUCACCUGGUGGUUGUCACACCCUCUCGUCUCUACGGGUCAUACUUGCUUACGUCUAUCUAUCUAUCUAUCUAUCUAUAUAUCUAUCUAUCUAUCUAUCUAUCUAUCUAUCUAUCUAUCACACAGUUUCAUCAUUUCCAUUUAAUUUGUUAAUAUCGAUCUAUCUAUCUCAGUCUGUUAAUGUCUAUCUAUCUAUCUAUCUAUCUCAGCCUGAUAAUAUCUAUCUAUCUAUCUAUCUAUCUAUCUAUCUAUCUAUCUAUCUAUCGCAGUCUCCUGAUAAUAUCUAUCUAUCUAUCUAUCUAUCUAUCUAUCUAUCUAUCUAUCGCAGUCUGUUAAUGUCUAUCUAUCUAUCUAUCUAUCUCAGUCUGUUAAUGUCUAUCUAUCUAUCUCAGCCUGAUAAUAUCUAUCUAUCUAUCUAUCUAUCUAUCUAUCUCAAUCUGUUAAUAUCUAUCUAUCUAUCUAUCUAUCUAUCUAUCUAUCUAUCUAUCUAUCUAUCUCAGUCUGUUAAUAUCUAUCUAUCUAUCUAUUUAUCUAUCUAUCUAGACCGUUAUGAAAUCAAAUUUACUAAAUGUUACUUAAUGAAAAUUUUAAUUUAUUUAAAUUGA